AUGCUGCGAAUGGACAACCGUCAUUUUCGUUCGCAAGUCUCCGCUUUAUUGAAACACUGUCGGCGCCGUCUUAGCUUCUCGACUUGCGAUCCUUUAGGCCAACGAACAUGCAGCAUUUCGUCAAAGAGGUGUGUGCAUAGCCUUCAUACGUACUAUGUACUAUGUUCCUCUCCUCACUCGGAGGUGAGGGGCGCAGGGGAAGGGGGUGUCAUCAAGAAGAACACUCGCUCAUAG